AUGCCCCAGAACGAGUAUAUCGAGCGCUGGACCAAACAGCACGGUAAGCGCCUGGACCACGAUGAGCGUGCUCGAAAGCGUGAGGCCCGUGAGGGCCAUAAGCAGUCCAAGGAUGCCCAGAAUCUCCGCGGUCUGAGGGCCAAGCUGUACCAGCAGAAGCGCCAUUCCGAGAAGAUCCAGAUGCGGAAGCGCAUCAAGGCGCAGGAAGAGAAGAACGUCAAGUCGUCUGCGCCCAGCGAGCCUUCCAAGACGCCCCUUCCACAGUAUCUGCUCGACCGUUCAGAGGCUACGAAUGCCAAAGCUUUGUCCAGUGCUAUUAAGGAUAAGCGUGCGGAGAAGGCGGCCAAGUUUGCUGUUCCUCUCCCCAAGGUCAAGGGUAUCAGUGAAGAAGAGAUGUUCAAGGUUGUCAACACCGGAAAGAAGACGCAUAAGAAGUCAUGGAAGCGAAUGAUCACAAAGCCGACGUUCGUUGGUAACGACUUCACUCGGAGACCUGUGAAAUACGAACGAUUUAUUCGUCCUAUGGGUCUGCGAUACAAGAAGGCCAAUGUCACGCACCCCGAAAUGGCCGUCACUGUCCAGCUUCCUAUCCUAUCCGUCAAGAAGAACCCUCAAAACCCUCUUUACACUCAACUCGGUGUCCUCACCAAGGGAACCGUCAUUGAGGUCAACGUUUCCGAACUUGGUAUCGUCACUGCGGGAGGAAAGGUUGCCUGGGGUAAAUAUGCCCAGGUGACGAACACACCUGAGAACGACGGCUGCGUCAAUGCUGUCCUCCUCGUUUAA